UCUUCAUUUCGUUUGUUAAGAGAAAUAAUUACUGUAGAAAAUCCUUGAUGAUAUUAGGAAUUGAAUUGAAAUAUUGGGAAAAUAUUGUUUAUCCUUUUAUGGUCAAUAGUACUAGAGUGGGGAUAAGCAAAUUUACUUUUAGAUCACAGAAAAAAAAAAAAAGAAUGCAAGAAGCUGUAGCUGUCUCUUAAAAAAAUAAUUUGUGGAUUUAUCAAAGGAGGAAGAACAGCAUCUAUGAUCUUUUUUCUGCCAAUCCUCUGAGAUUGUCUACGACCCAUGUAGACCAUGGCAGGAUUUGAACUCGGAAUGCAAAGAGUUAGAACAAAUACUGUGAGGUAUCCUUUACGAUACUCUAAUGGUUCUCUACCAGUUGACUGCACUAGACUGGUACUUUAUUUAUUAACCUUGGAAAGAAGGCAUAGCUAGCCUUGGAAGUAUUUGAACUUGGAGUGCUGUGCAGUAUUAAUUUACCAAUAACAAAUGACUGCCAAUUCAUUCUUUGGGAACCUUACUUUUGUGAUUAAGGACAGGAACAAUGACUGCAAAAGCCACCAGUGUGCUGUCCAAAAUUCGGAUUUUAAUGAAAAGCAAACAAUUUGUGAAUGAAAUUGUUCAUGCAUAUAUCAUUCCACACCAAGAUGCACAUCAGAGUGAAUAUAUUGCACCGUGUGAUGCCCGGCUUAAAUUUAUAUCUGGAUUUACAGGAUCUGCAGGAACUGCAAUUGUAACGGACACCAAAGCUGCCCUUUGGACAGAUGGUCGUUAUCAUCUUCAAGCUCAACAAGAAGUGGAUGAAAAUUGGGAGAUAAUGAAGGAUGGUAUUCCUGAUACCCCAACUAAAACUGAGUGGCUUGUAAAGGAAAUACCAACUGGUGGAAAUGUUGGUACUGAUCCUUGCCUUAUAUCAGCUGUUGAAUGGGACCGUUUACAUACUGAACUGCAUGGCUACAAUUUAAAUUUGUUACCUGUUAACAAAAAUUUGAUUGAUGAAAUAUGGGAGGACCGUCCAGCAAUACCAAACAAUCCCCUUCUUGUACUGCCAGAGGAUUUGACUGGUUGUUCUUGGCCAGAGAAAAUUGAAUAUGUACGUUCUAAAAUGUUAAAGGAAAAAGCUACAAUUUGUAUCUUCACACAAUUAGGAGAAAUUGCUUAUCUGUUCAACAUGAGAGGAAGUGAUAUUAAAUACAAUCCUUUGUUCUUUUCCUAUGCCAUUGUAGAAAUGGAGCAAAUCCAUUUGUUCAUAGAUGAAAAGAAAAUAACUCAAGAAAUUAGAAACCAUUUAACUUAUAAAGGUGAAAAACCUGGUUUCACAGUAAAAAUUCAUCCUUAUGAAGAUGUUGUUAAAUAUCUUCCUCGUGAUGCUGAUGUAACUGGAAAAGUUUGGAUCAGUUCUUACAGUCCUUAUAACCUUGUGUCUUUAUAUAAAAAAGAAAAUGUGAUAUCUAGCAUAACUCCAAUUUCUUUAAAAAAGGCUAUUAAAAAUUCAGCAGAAAUUGCUGGAAUGCGCAAAGCACAUAUUAAAGAUGGAGUAUGUUUAUCUGAAUUUUAUGCUUGGUUGGAAAAAGAGGUACCAAAGAAGCAUAUAACAGAAAUGGAAGCAGCAAGGAAACUUGAAGAAAUCAAAAGGAAUGUUGAUGACUUUAUUAGCCCCAGUUUUUCUACAAUUUCUGCAGUUGGGUCUAAUGCUGCCAUAAUCCAUUACAGGGCAUCUCCUAAUACUGAUAAAAUUAUCACAGACCAUGAAAUCUUUCUUUGUGAUUCUGGUUCCCAAUAUAGAUGUGGUACAACUGAUGUAACCAGAACUGUACAUUUUGGCACUCCUACUGUCAAAGAACAGGAAUGCUUUACAAGAGUAUUAAAAGGUCAUAUUAAUCUUGCAACUACUGUAUUUCCAGAGAAACUCAAUGGCAAUCGACUUGAUAUAUUGGCACGGACAUCUCUUUGGGAAGUUGGUUUGGACUACCUUCAUGGAACUGGACAUGGAGUUGGUGCCUUUUUAGAGGUACAUGAAGGUCCCUGCACUAUCAGUAUGAGGCUAUGCAAGACAAAUGGACCAAUAGAAGAGGGAAUGAUUCUUACAGAUGAACCUGGAUAUUAUGAAAAGGAGAAAUAUGGUUUCAGGAUUGAGAAUGCUUUACUGGUUGUUAAAAAAGAGACAAAGUACCAAUUCGAAUCAACAAAGUUCCUUACUUUUGAACCUCUAACCUUGGUACCCAUCCAGAAAAAAAUGAUACUGACUGAAAUGCUUACAGUAGAAGAGAAAUGUUGGCUUGAUAAUUAUCACCAAAAGUGUCUUGACAUUAUUGGACCAAUUCUUUUGAAGGAAGGAAAGCAUGAAGCUUACAACUGGCUGAAGAGAGAAACUUCUGUUGACCAGCAAAGCUGAUCUUCAAGUGGAAGAUGAAAUUUUUUUGUCUUACUUUGAUUGCCCAAUAGUUAAUAAUGAACAGGCCACUUCAGAAUUAGUAGUUUAAUACAAGCAAGUGGUAACAGAACUAAUAUUUUGUAUAUGAUAUUUGCAUCAAUUCCAGAAAUAAAAUAGUCUAAUGUUAGUUGUAAUGGGGAGGGAGAUUUAAAUGCUACAUAGGUCAGUUUCAAUGAAUAUUUAAGUUUAUUUUUGGCUUGCCUAAUAUUUUGUAUGAGUGUAGUGGAGAUGGCUGAUGUUAGUGAAGCUUUAGAGUAACUAGUUUGGUACCUUACUGAAAGGAAUUCAUUCCUCAUUAGACUUAACUCUUUACUCAUUAGCACCAACUUCAAUAAACUUUAGAAAAAUUAAUAGUGCGUAACAAACACCUUAGAGCAAGAUCUGAUCUCUUGGGAAAUUGAUUCAGGAGUUGAUUUGGUUUCAUAAUUUCUGUACCACUAAUGCGGUAGAAAAAGGUACAAACCUAAUUCUCUUAUAAAUUUAUGGUCUUGGGCCUGUCAGUAAUUAAUACUGUAGUGAUUUUUUUUUUAUUAUAUAUUCUUGUUAUAUUUUCUUAAUUAUGUACAGUUCUCAAAAAAAAUAUAUAUAUAAUGUAAUUAUUUUUGUAUUCUGCUUAAAAUUUUUUUCUAACAGGAUGUUGAAUCAAAGAAAUUUUGUAAUAUAAAUAAUAAAAAGCUAAUUAUUAAAAGUUGA